UCGUCCUGUGACGCGAAUAAAGCGCAACAUUGUACCUACCUAUUAUUAUUAUUAUAAUAUCGCUGCAAUGUGGUGUGCCGGUGGUGCUGCGAAAUAAUGAUGAUACAUUAUAACAUUAUUAUAUACUAAAUGUAUAUUGUAUUCGUUCAUUUUUUAUCAUAUAUUUUACACUUAUAGAUUUCAGUAGAUCUAUGAUCUGUCCCCGCGGUAUACCCGAAUUCUCAAAAUCAGUUGUACGGUGCCGGUUUCGUUUGUUUUUCAAUCGGUACGUAUCGCCAUUUCCUGAAAUUCCGACCGACCCGGCGAGAUAACAGCAAUAUAAGUUAUAACCGCGUUACGUCCUGCAGCCGAUGUAGUUCCUAAGCUAUAUUAUUACUUUAUUAGUCCUGUGCAAUAUCUAACGUCCUGUAUAACAAAAAUUAUUAUAUUAUACAUAACGCGCAAUCUUAUCGACAUUUUAUUUUAAUGCACUACUGCGGUACGACCACCGAUUUCGUUAUAUCAUUAUCAUUGAACACACACAUAGGACAGGUAUUUCGUUGUGGUGAUACAUUAUGUCGUUGUUGUGGACGCCGUUGAGGUUGAUCGAGUCGGAGAAAAGGUCGUCGUCGUCGUCCACCACCACUACGAAUACAGCCAUCACCGCCGCCGCCGUCGCUGCCGCAGCAGUUUCACAACUUCAUCAUAACGUUCAGCCACCGUCGGAUCCACUCAUAGCGUCUGUGCUCCAUUCCAGGCAGAAUCCACGGCCCGGUCGUUUGCUCUUGGAAAACGUCAACAACCGGCCGCAGACCAUGGACCGAGGCACGCAGGCAAACACGGAUGGAUCGUCUGAGGUGAUCACAGAAGCCCCGACCACCAGCAAUGGUCCGAUAAACAACGAACUGUUCCGAAAGGCUAACAUUAGCGUUACAAAUCAAACAUUGAUGACCAAUGGUGGUGACAAUUCUUCAGUCGAUAGUCUGAAUAGUGCAGAUUCUGCAAAACGCGACAGCGAGGAAUCAGUUAUUGAACUAGCUGAGUUUCAUCAACCAAUGAUCACCAAGGACGAUUCUGAUGGACCUGUCAACAUGAGCAACGGUGAUGGAAAAUCUGGUGGUGCUGGAGGCAAACCUUCCAAUGGUAUUGUUAAGGAACACCCUGUUGAUGACGAUAUUGAUAAAACUAGUUGUGGCAUGGAGUGUUUAUAUUUUACCAUGCAAUGCUGCGAAUGUUCAAUAAUGUAAGGAAGCAUUCCAUCCCUUACAGAUUAUUUUUUUUUAGUUAUAAUUGAGUAACUAUAAUUAUACAUUACAUUACAAUUAUUAAAUUAAAAAUACAGCAAAAUACACUGCUUAGUUACAUUUCAAAGUUCUAUUGAAUCUGUGAUUUUUUAAGGAACUUAUUAAACUAUAUAAUACAAUAAUUCCAUUAUAUAAAAAAUGAAAAUUAUAUUUUGAAAAAUGUAAUUUUUUAAACUACUAUAACUACUAGUAAUAUUGUGUUAAAGUUCCAUCCUGAGAAAUAAUUUUUUUUUUGUUAUUUCCAAUAGGAAAAACCGUAAUUAUUUUCAACAAUUAUUGAUAAUUAAAUAUUACUUACAUAAAUCCUUUUGGUCAUUCAUUAUUAUUGUGUUGAAACUCUUUGCCUUAAGAAGUACAAUAUACCUUAAAUUAACAAUUGUGCCAUUUUUUUUGUACUUUAUAUAUAUAAAUAUACUUUAAGGAUCAUCAUAUCUUCCUGUUUGUUCGUGUAGAAAACAUUGUGUCCACCAUGUAUAUAAAGAGUGUUAAAAUGAUACAAAUCAAUACUUAAUUUAAUUUUCUCCUGCUUGUGGAGCUUAAAUAAAGUACAUUAUAAUAAGUUAUAACCAUUGAGCAAAAAUCUAUAACCUAUGGUACAUUCUACCAUUUCCCUGUUUAUUCUGAUGAUAUUAUGUAUUCUGUGCGCUCUUUUUAUUUAAUAUAUCUUAAUAAUACAUAAUACCUAGUAUAAAACAUAUUUGUAUUCACUAUUCAGACAAUAUUUUAAUAUUUAUGUGAGUGCUUUAUGAACAUUAAGUUUUAAAAUGUGUUAAUACUAUAAUAAAUCAAUUUUGUAAACAAUUUGGACUGAAUUGUGAUAAUAUGUUGAGUGUCCAAAUAAAGCUUACCUUAAAAUUGUGUAAAUAAAAAGGUUUUUUUUUGUAUUAUGUUUAACUUUAUACACUUUUAUGUUCUGUAUAUUUUUUUUAGAGUUUAUCAUUAUAAUUUUCUAUUUUUUAAGCAAGUGGUAUAAAUUCAAGAAUCUCUUCUUUUAUUUUUAUUUUUUAAUAUUAGUAUUAUUAUUACUUUGUAUCAAUAUAUUGAAAUUUGAAAUACAUAAUACUAUUGUGUAAUAUUAA